AUGAAGAUUUUCAAUAUCUCCAUUCACGGUCACAUUGAAGUUCAUCCUCUGCUGGUGAAGAUUAUAGACACGCUUGAGUUUCAGAGAUUGAGGAACAUCAAACAGCUGGGUCAUGGUCCGUUCUCUCAUCUGUUUGACAUCAUGUUUAUUCCUGAGAUCAGAGGAUCUGGUUUUCUGUGGAAGAAGGCUUCAGUUGAGAUGUUUCAGCACAUGGUGGAGACUAAUGAACUGAGAGAAGACAUGAAAGUGUACGGACUGAAUCCAGAUGAAGAUCUUCUCUUUAUUAUAGAGUUAAUUCAGGGGGUCAACACAGCGAGGGGCCGGACUGAAGAGAAAUCCUUCCUCUAUGAGAUCAUAGCAAAUAAAUACAACGGCAUAAAUAUGGACAAAUGGGAUUAUUUUGCACGAGACUGUCAUCAUCUCGGUCUUAGCAACAGUUUUGAUCAUCAGCGUCUGCUGAAGUUUGCACGAGUGUGUGAGGUGGAGGUUGGAGAAGAGAAAGUGCGACGGCUGUUUAUCUGCUUCAGGGACAAGGAAGCAGAUAAUGUUUAUGACAUGUUUCGCACAAGAUACUCACUUCACCGUCAGGCCUUCCAACACAAAACAGUCAACAUUAUUGAAAUCAUGAUUAAAGACGCUCUUGUGAAAGCAAAUGAUCACCUGAAGAUGACCUGA